AUGACAACACAUCAAAAUGGCACCAUCUCCAUUGAGAUUUCAGAUUUCCUCCUAAAUUGCUUUGUCAGGUCACCCAGCUGGCAGUUUUGGCUGUCCCUGCCCCUCGGAGUCCUGUUUCUCCUAGCCAUGGGGGCCAACGCCACCCUCCUGCUCACUAUCUGGCUGGAGACCGCUCUGCACCAGCCCAUGUAUUACCUGCUCAGCCUCCUCUCUAUGCUGGACAUUGUGCUUUGCCUCACUGUCAUCCCCAAGGUGCUGAUGAUCUUCUGGUUUGACCUUAAGACCAUCAGUUUCUAUGCCUGCUUCCUUCAGAUGUUCAUUAUGAAUUGCUUCCUUGCCAUGGAGUCCUGCACAUUCAUGAUUAUGGCCUAUGACCGUUAUAUAGCGAUCUGCCACCCACUGAGGUACCCAUCCAUCAUCACAGACCAAUUUGUGGCCAAGGCUGCCAUUUUCACUCUAGCCAGGAGUGUCUUUCUCACAGUACCCAUCCCCUUUCUCUCGGCACGACUCUAUUAUUGCGGGAGAAAUGUCAUUGAGAACUGUAUUUGUGCCAAUAUGUCUGUCUCCAGGCUCUCCUGUGAUGACUUGACCAUCAAUCGUCUCUACCAAUUUGUUGGAGGCUGGACUCUGCUAGGAUCUGACCUCAUCCUCAUCUUUCUCUCCUACACCCUAAUACUACGAGCUGUGUUGCGACUCAAGGCAGAGGGUGCUGUGGCCAAGGCCCUAAGCACAUGUGGUUCCCACUUCAUCCUUAUCCUCUUCUUCAGCACCAUCCUUCUGGUCUUUGUUCUGACUCAUGUGAUGAAGAAGAGAGUCUCCCCAGAUGUGCCGAUCCUGCUCAAUGUCCUCCACCAUGUUAUUCCUGCAGCCCUUAACCCCAUUGUUUAUGGAGUGCGAACUCAGGAGAUCAAGCAAGGAAUACAGAGGUUAUUGAAGAAAGUGUGGUAA